GGGGUGGAGCUUUAGUGUCGCGUAGAUAGACGCUCGGCGGAGGGUGUGCGAACGCGAGAUGGACCGAGGGCGCUCUUCCGUUUAGUGACGCCCGCGAGCGACUCGGACCUCCCCAAAACUACCGAAAUAAUAGAUGCGAUCGGGUCGCCGAAAACAAAACGAAAGAGAGAGAACAAAAAGCCGAACGAUUAAGUAGUCCACCUUUCCCCAUCCACUGCACACACACUAACACGGCAUUGAUGGUAAUGUAUGCAAGGAAACAAGCGAGACUGAGCGAUGGGUGCAACGACAGAAGGGAUUCCCAGCCUUACCAGGCUCUUAAAUACCCAUCAAAGAGUCACCCUGGAAGUGAUCACCGCCAUGAGAAGAUGCGAGACUCUUCGGAUCCCAGCCCACCCUGCAAGAUGCUUCGCCGCUCAGACAGCCCCGAAAACAAACACGGUGACUCCGUUGCUCAAAACAGGGCAAAGACAGUCCAGCCACAUCGGGUCAGAGAGAGAGACGGAGGGACCAGCUGUUCUCCACAAGAAAAUUCGCACAAUCACAGUACCCUUCAUAGCUCAAAUUCACAUUCUAAUCCAAGCAAAACGACAGAUGUACCUUACGAACCUCCAGAUGACUGGUCUGAACACAUCAGCUCCUCUGGGAAGAAAUACUAUUACAACUGCAGGACCGAGGUUUCCCAGUGGGAAAAACCCAAAGAAUGGUUGGAGAGGGAGCAGAGGCAGAAAGAAGCUACAAAGAUGGCAAUCGUCAACAACUUCCCCAAAGACAGAGACUACAGACGGGAGGCUAUGCAGGCUACAACUGCCGUUGGCUUUGGCAGCGAUAAAUCUGUUCCAGUGGACAAGCCUGCAUCCCACCCUGGCACUGCGCAUCCCUCCACUACUUCUGGCCUGAACCCCUCAGGAAUCCAGACAUCGUCGGCCUCUGCUGUACCCGUGUCCCCUGUGCCCCAGUCCCCUGCGCCCCCCUUACUGCAAGACCCCAGCCUCCUGCGUCAACUCCUUCCAGCACUUCAAGCCACACUUCAGCUAAACAACACCAACGUGGAUAUGUCCAAGAUUAACGAAGUUCUUACAGCUGCUGUCACACAAGCGUCAUUGCAGUCUAUGCUUCAUAAGAUUCUCACAGCUGGACCAUCUGCUUUCAACAUUACUACUUUGCUUUCCCAAGCUGCUCAGUUAUCUACUCAAGGCCAGCAGUCGAACCAGUCCCCAAUGUCCUUAACAUCAGAUGCCUCCUCACCAAGGUCAUACGUUUCUCCCAGAAUUAGUACACCACAGACAAAUGCUGUCCCUCUCAAAGCCAUGCUCAGCACACCCCCUGCAUCAACUCAGCCAAAGGUUACCACGCCAGUGAUGAAGACUGGACCAGUACCGCAACCAGUGCCCCAGCAGGCAGUCGUUUCAGAGAAGCAGGGACAGGAAACUGCCUCUCCACAUACUCUUCAGCGGCAGAGUAGUCAGAGGAGUCCAUCUCCGGGUCCAAAUCACACUGCCGCCACUUCUGCUGCUUCCAGCAGCAGCAAUAAUGGCAGUGCCAGUGUGACCACUACAGCCCCCGUUGCCCCUAGCACUUCUUCCAAGCCUUCAUGUUCCUUCACACCUUCGCUAGCAGCGCACUUCAACGAAAAUCUCAUCAGACAUGUCCAAGGGUGGCCGGCUGAACACGCGGAGAAGCAGGCAGCAAGGUUACGUGAGGAGGCCCACAACAUGGGGAGCAUCUACAUGUCAGAAAAUUGUACUGAGCUGAAAAAUUUAAGAUCAUUAGUUCGGGUUUGUGAAAUUCAAGCAACAUUACGUGAGCAGAGGAUACUAUUUUUGAGACAACAAAUUAAGGAACUUGAAAAGUUGAAGAAUCAGAAUUCCUUUAUGGUUUGAGACCCAGAGAAUGGAAGAAAAGAGAAGAAAUUGCACAUGGAUGGAACCCACAAGCUGGUGUUCUGAAGCCCAGUCUUAACACUUUUGAGCUGCCAUUCAUUUGGUUUGGGACUGUUGGGCUGGGCAUGGAAGGCAGGCUAGCAGAGAACAUGGUGGAGGGCAAUACACGAUAUAUUCUGUAAAGCCCUUGAAAUUUAGCUUUUUUUCUCCUCUUGUAGAUGUAUUCAUGUUGUAAAUACAUUUUGUAGAGUGAAGCCAUGGAAAGCCAUGCUUAUUGAGCUUUGACAUCCAAACUAAUCAAUGCUAAGGUGGCUAAAUGUUUAGCCUUCUACAUGUUAACUUGUCUGCAAACAUAAGCUUUUAUUGGUAGAAGACCUGUGAACCAUUGCUGCAAGCCUGCGUAAAAUCUGCAUGGAGGUGGUUGAAGGGGCUAAUUGUGUAUUUCUCAAACUGUCUGGUUUUUAUUUUUAAUGAUUAAACUGUUAACUGCCUCUUAACAGAAGAGUAUUUAAUUUCUCCCCUCCGGCAUGGCUUCAGAGCAAAAAACCACACCCCACGGAUGUUUACGGUAUAUUAAUAAUGACUGGUGGCAAUGGUUCAGAGAUCUCUCAUUCAUCUGUCUUGCUUUAACUAGAAUCAAAACCAGUGCCUGAUUGUGUGCAAUGGAAGUCGCUGUAAGCUGGGAUGCUGGUCAGAGCGGGCGCAGGAGUGAAGGACCAUUUCCCAAGGCUGCCCCCACUCUCACCUGCAUAGGAUACUGUCUGAGUCCACUCCUUCUGGAAGGGCACUGACGAGUUACCUUUUUCUUUAAAAAAAAAAAAAAAAAAAAAAAAAUUUCCUUUUUCAUUUUUUUUAUUUUAAUUAAACUGUACUUCAACUGCAAAUUUGUUUGCAUCAAGCAAGAUCAUUCCAGUGUACAGUUGCUUACAGUAAUGGACUAAAAGUUUUAUUAAAAGUUGCAGUGAUUACUAGUAUGUCAGAUAUGUCGUAUUCAUAAGUUAUUGCUGCACGUUGUCAUUUGCACCCCCCCUUUCCCCUGGCAGUGAAAUGGUGGCACUAUGCCAGCUUGGGGCACUGCCGAGGAGUCCACAUCACCAAUUCUCACACAGCAGCAGAGUCGGGGCAUUGAGAAGACACGUGGUCACAUGUGAAAUGUAUGUAUUGUAAUAAACAAGCUGAACUGAAAAGGAGCAGUGCUUGUUAUUUACCGAUCACAUUUGUGAACCAGCAAAAGUCUCCAAAACAUCCAAUUCUCAGGCGGACACACACACACACUUGUUGAGCAUCUACCUUUCUACUUUGUGUAGGGUUAACAGGUUUCACCAAUUUUGUGCUCACUGGAGGAAAACUUCAGAUGUCUUAUCCCGGUGCCAGCAUUUGUGCUGACUUUCCUUUGAUUGUUCUGCUCAAACCUUCCUUUUCAAUUGGGUAUUUGUACCGUGGUCCACGGUGCGAGUUCAGUCUGCUCAUCCUGUCCAUUAGAAUGCGUGCUUCAGAUACGUAACCCCACUUGAGGAAUUGGGGCAGCAUCUUCCCUUUUGUACAUUGUUUCCUGAAGUUAAAAAUAAAUGCAUA